AUGCCGGUGCUUCAGCGCGAUACCUUGUUCAAGCUUGCUGGUGGGAACAAGCAGGAUCGGGACCGGCUGAUCGAAGCGUACCAAGUGCUGGCGCGGGAGGCCAGAAAGGAUGGGAAACCUUACAUUGCUGACGUCGAGGUUAGACCGCUGCUAGAUCACAAGGCCUCUCAGGGGUAUACACUGAGGGCGCGGACGUCAUUCGCCAGCGCGGAAGACAUGCGAUACUUUGACAGCGAGUGCCCUGCCCAUAAGGCCCUCAAGGAGCGGGUGAUGAGCCUAGGGAGUGUGCUGGCGCCGCCGCUCGUCCUGGUGACCGAGCUGGAAGAGUCUGUCUGA